AUGUCGUCGGAUGCAUGGGACCAGAAAAUAGGACGUGCGAGAAUAUUAUUAGAUAAAGAUAAAGAAGAUGAUGCGUUAAAAAUAUUAACAGAAAUAAUAGACGCCAUGUCCAAAAAUCUUGCAGGUCUUAAGGAUGAAGAAAAGGCAGAUUUUAUAACAACAGCAUGUCUUCAGCGCAUCAACAUAAAUUUUAAGAAGAAAAUGUACGAAGGUAAUUGA